AUGUCUGGCUACUCCAACGUUGGUAACCGUGGUGUCUACGAGGCUGGCGAUCAGAGAAACGCUCCUGAGUCGGAGCGCAACGUUGAGAACCCCUACAACGAGGGCAAGGAGAACUCUCACAACAACCUUGAUUCCAAGGAUGAGCGAUCUAUCGCCAACCGCCUGGCUGCUGAGGAGCAGCGAUCCGAGCCUGACGACGAUCUCGAGACCGCCCAAUUAAAGAAGGAUCCCACUCUGCCCGCUCGCGCUCACGGCAACGAACCUUCCAAGGGCGCAAAGGUCGAUGCUCAACUCCAGGCUGAAGAGGAAGAGGAGUUGAAGCGCAAGGGCAAGGCUUAA